CAGUCACGUGCUCCCCCUGUCCUUCUCGCUGAACGUGGAACCCGCAGUGGGGACAGCCGAACCAUGGCAGCCCUGCUGAGACCCGCCGGCUGGCUCCUGCGUGCUGGGGCGGCCCCGCGCCUCCCGCUCUCCCUGCGCCUCCUCGCUGGCGCCCCGGGCUGGCCGCACGCCGCCCUGUGUCACCCCAGCGCACGCGCUGGGCCGGUCGCCGGAGGGCCAUUGAGCCAAGCCAGACUGUAUGCCAUUGCUGCUGAAAGAAAAAAUUAUCUUCAAGAGGAGUCCACCUCUCAGAGGAGGAAUGCCAGUCAAUUUGAUUGGGCUCUGACGAGACUAGAUAAUUCUGUCCGAAGAACUGGCCGCAUCCCAAAGACUCUUCUACAAAAAGUCUUUGAUAACACCUGUGACUCGGGUUGCCCAGGUGGUAAUCAAGCCUUACUUCUGCUGCGCAGCUGUGGUUCUCUCUUGCCUGAGCUAAAGGUCUCAGAGAGAACAGAAUUGGCUCAUAGAAUAUGGGACAAACUUCAGAAAUUGGGUACCACGUAUGAUGUAAGUCACUAUAAUGCUUUACUUAAAGUCUACCUUCAAAAUGAAUAUAAAUUUUCACCAACUGACUUCUUGGCAAAAAUGGAGGAAGCAAACAUUCAACCAAACCGAGUGACUUACCAAAGGUUGAUUGCCGCUUAUUGUAACAUGGGAGACAUUGAAGGAGCCAGCAAGAUUCUUGGAUUUAUGAAAACUAAGGAUCUUCCAGUCACAGAGGCAGUAUUCAGUGCCCUUGUUACAGGGCAUGCAAGAUCUGGAGAUAUGGAGAAUGCAGAGAAUAUUCUCACCGUGAUGAAAGAGGCCGGAAUUGAGCCUGGUCCAGACACAUACCUAGCCUUAUUAAAUGCAUAUGCUGAGAAGGGUGACAUUGACCAUGUUAAGCAGACUCUGGAGAAGGUGGAGAAGUCUGAUCUUUACCUUAUGGACCGUGAUUUGUUGCAAAUUAUCUUUAGCUUCAGUAAAGCUGGAUAUCCUCAAUAUGUCUCAGAAAUUUUGGAAAAAAUUGCAUAUGAAAGAAGAUAUAUUCCAGAUGCAAUGAACCUCAUUUUGCUUUUAGUCACUGAAAAGUUGGAAGAUACAGCAUUGCAAGUUCUAUUAGCAUGUCCUAUAUCAAGGGAAGAUGGUCUGAGUGACUUUGGCAGUUUCUUUUUACGGCACUGUGUGACUAUGAAUACGCCUGAAGAGAAGCUGAAAGACUACUGUAAGAAGCUAAAGGAAGCCCAGAUGCACACGGCGCCUUUGCAGUUCACACUCCAGUGUGCUUUAGUAGCCAAUAAAGCCGAUUUGGCAAAAGCUCUAAUGAAGGCUCUGAAGGAAGAAGGUUUUCCUGUCAGAACUCAUUAUUUCUGGCCAUUGCUGGUUGGACAUCAGAAGAAGAAAAAUGUUCAAGGUAUAGUCGAAGUCCUCAAAGGAAUGCAUGAAAUGGGAGUAAAUCCUGAUCAAGAAACAUACGUAAAUUAUGUGUUUCCAUCGUUUGAUAGUGUAACGUCAGUUCGUGCUAUUUUGCAGGAAAAUGGAUGUCUACCUGAAAGUAAUGUAUUUUCUCAAGCUGAAUUGAGAAGUGAAGCAGUAAAUGGGAACUUAGACUAUGUUUUGUCAUUUUUGGAAUCAAAUACAUUGCCUUUCUCACUUAGUACUUUGAGAGGCAGCCUAAUUCUAGGCUUUAGGAGGUCAAUGAAUGUAAAUCUUUGGAGCAAGAUAACAGAACUGUUGUACAAGGAUGGACGUUAUUGCCAGGAGCCUCCAGGACCAACGGAAGCUGUUGGCUAUUUUCUUUAUAACUUGAUUGACAGCAUGAGUGACUCAGAGGUACAGGCCAAGGAGGAGCGUUUGAGACAAUACUUCCAUCAGCUGAAGGAGAUGAAUGUAAAAAUUCCUGAAAAUAUCUACAGAGGCAUUCGUAAUCUACUGGAUAGCUACCAUGUUCCUGAAUUGAUUAAGGAUGUUAGUAUAUUGGUUGAAAGAGAGAAGACAGACUCUCGAAAACUUACAUCAUCUGAUUUGGAGUCUACUCUUGAAAAACUAAAAGCUGAAAAUCAACCUAUAGGAGAUGUCCUAAAGCAGCUUAUAUUAACGCUUUGUUCAGAAGAGAACAUGAAAAAAGCUCUCGAAUUGAAAGCAAAAUAUGAACCAGACAUGGCUGUUGGUGGCUAUGCAGCUUUAAUAAAUUUGUGCUGUCGACAUGAUAAUGCAGAAGAUGCAUUGAACCUGAAACAGGAAUUUGACCGUUUAGACUCAUCUGCUGUCCUUGACACCAACAAGUACGUAGGCCUUGUAAAAGUAUUGGGAAAACAUGGCAAACUCCAAGAUGCUAUUAACAUUCUAAAGGAAAUGAAAGAGAAGGAUGUUCUUAUCAAAGAUGCAACAGUCUUGUCCUUUUUUCACAUCCUAAAUGGCGCAGCUUUAAGAGGUGAAACUGAAACAGUAAAACAGUUGCAUGAAGCCAUCGUGACUCUGGGGUUAACGAAACCAUCUACUACCAUAAGUUCCCCAUUGGUCACUCUUUAUCUGGAAAAGGAUGACUUACCUGCUGCUCUUGAAGCCUCCAUUGGUUGCUAUGAAAAAUAUAAAAUAUUACCAAGAAUUCAUGAUGUCCUGUGUAAACUGAUAGAGAAAGGCGAGACCGAUCUAAUCCAGAAAGCAAUGGACUUUGUGAGCCAAGAACAGGGUGAAAUGACAAUGCUCUAUGAUCUCUUCUUUGCCUUUCUACAAACAGGAAAUUACAAGGAGGCCAAGAAGAUCAUUGAGACUCCAGGCAUUAGAGCUCGACCUACAAGACUUCAGUGGUUUUGUGAUAGAUGUAUUUCAAGUAAUCAGGUUGAAACUCUAGAAAAGUUAGUGGAGCUGACACAGAAGCUAUUUGAAUGUGAUAGAGACCAGCUGUACUACAAUCUGCUAAAACUGUAUAAAGUAAAUGGCGACUGGCAAAGAGCUGAUGCUGUCUGGAAUAAAAUGCAAGAAGAAAAUAUUAUUCCUCGUGGAAAGACAUUAAGAUUAUUAGCAGAAAUCCUUAGAAACAAUAAUCAGGAGGUUCCGUUUGAUGUACCUGAGUUGUGGAGUGAAGAAGAAAAACAUUCCCUGAAUUCUUCAGCUCCCUCACAUGUAGAAACUAAUAUUGAGAAAGAUCUAUUGCAUGCCUGCCAGUGGAAGAAAAGCAGAGAUGCUUAUGAUACUUUCCUGAAAGCACAAAAGCAGAAUGUUGUGUUUAACAGUGAAACAUACAGCAGUCUUAUUAAAUUACUGUUGACAAAGGAUAGCUUUCCACAAGCAAUGCAAGUGAAAGAUUUCGCUGAGACCCACAUCAAGGGCUUCACACUGAACGAUGCUGCCAACAGCCUCCUCAUCAUAACGCAAGUUAGGCGGGAUUAUUUGAAAGAGGCUCUAACAACGCUAAAAACGGCCUUGGAUCUGAAGCAGACGCCUUCUAGGGUAGCAGUGACCCGCCUGAUUCAGGCAUGUGCCUUGAAGGGUGAUACAGAAAGCAUACAUGCGAUUCAGAAGAUGGUAAAUGGACUCAAAGAUUCAAUUGGACUUUCACAUAUGGUUUUCAUCAAUAACAUUGCUUUGGCACAAAUAAAGAACAAUAACAUAGAUGUUGCAAUAGAAAACAUUGAAAAUAUGCUUACUUCAGGGAAUCAAACUGUGGAACCCCAGUACUUUGGCUUGGCAUACUUAUUCAGAAAAGUAAUAGAAGAGCAGUUGGAACCAGCACUUGAAAAGAUAAGCAUCAUGGCAGAGAGAUUGGCCAAUCAGUUUGCAGUUUACAAACCUGUCACUGACCUUUUCCUUCAGCUUCUGGAUUCAGGCAAGGUGGAUGAUGCCAGAGCUCUCCUACAGAGAUGUGGUGCAAUUGCUGAACAAACCCCAAUUUUUUUGGUGUUCUGUAUUAGGAGUUCUCGGAGACCAGGAAAGGCACCAACAUUGAAAUCUUUGUUAGAAUUGAUUCCUGAAUUAACUGAAAAGGAAGAAGCAUACAAUUCCAUCAUGAAAAGCUAUGUCAUGGACAGUGAUGUCCCAUCUGCUAAAGCACUGUAUGAAAAUUUGACUGCGAAGAACAUAAAAUUGGAUGAUCUGUUUCUAAAACGUUACGCAGUUUUGCUGAAGAAUGCUGGAGAGUCUGUCCCUUUUACUGAGCCUCCUGAAAGCUUUGAAUUUUAUGCAAAGCAGCUGAAAGAAUUAAGGGAAAACCCUUUGUGAAACAAGCAUGCACUACUGCUUUGUUUUGUGUGUAUUUGUGAUUCUGUGUCUAAAAUGUUAUUUUUUAAAUGUAUUUGAGAGGACAAAAAUAAAUAAAUGAAAAGUUACUCUGUUUAUGUACUUGUAUUUAUGUGUAAUACAGUAUAUGAUAUGUUCAGCAUCUUAUUGACAAUAAUGUAUGCAUUUCGUCAUCGGACUUUUUGUUUUUUGCCUACGAUAUAAGUCUGUGGCUCAUGGUGUAUGAAGCUGUAAUUUUUCGGGUUUCUUCUCCUCAUUGACUCUUCAGGCCCUGUACUCUAUUUCAUUUAUUAUUUUCAUAGAAAGGUUGUUAUUUUAUUUAAGACUUGUUAAUAUUGUUUAUCUGAAAAAAUGACAUCCCAGUGAGCCUUCUGAUGCUUAAUAUUCUAUACUGAUAUUCUGUACAUGCUUGAAGCCCUGCAUAAUUUUCUAAUUUUGUAAAAUGUUGGCGCUAGAAAGCAUUUACGAGUUAUCACAUCCAGUGCUCAUCAUUUUUUAGUGAGAAGCAGAGACCCAAAGAGACUGUCGCUUGCCUUGGUCAGGGUACUAUUUGCCAUUGCUGGAUGGCUCCUCACCAUGUUAUUUUCCCUUCUACCACAGUGGCUUACGGGAGCCUCUUCCAUAAAAGUCUCUAAAACAGUCUGAGUGAUGACUUUGGUCAUGAGACAGAGCAAUGCAUUUCCUCUCAUUUUGGUUUCAGGUUUUUGUCGGCACAAGCUAUAGCCUACACUGGACUUGUUACUUUAUACUCAUACCCUAUGUGGUUAAUAUACAAAGGAGUAAAAUCUUGGUUUUUGUUCCGUUUUGUCAAAGUUAUCCCCAAAUUGGCUUUCAUGCCUGUUAACAUCUACUUUAUAAAUAGUUACUAUAAAAGAAUUUAAGAUGGUAGUCAAAACAGUUUGCCACUAGAAAGGUAUCUUAAUAUGUAAUAUUGACCUAGUUGGGGAUUAAGUGAUUAAUACAAAAGAAGUUGAAAAUGUUUUAUUUGAGCGUUAUCCCCAUUUUGGUGUAUUUCUUGUCCAUUUGAAAUUGAUGUCUCCCUACUGUUUUGGUUUCAGUUGACAAUUUACUUGGUCCCUACUGUUUACAUAAGGGAAUGACUUUGCCUUGGGGAAGCAAGCUGACCUCGUGCUGUUCAUGCUGCUAACCUGUGUCCUGUGGGACCAGCCAUCCUGCAUCUAGAGCCUACCGAUGGCAUGGGAAGGAGGGGUGAUGAAGGGAAGCCAAGAAAUGAAUGUUGUUAUAGCAUUGGCCUUGCUUUUCCUCACUGGUUUUGUAGAGUUAGACCUAAGGAAUUGGGAUUUGGCCAGUGCCAAGUCCCAGCCAAGAGGAUUUACAAAGCUUGCCUCUGUGCUCUCCUCAGGCGCAGAACCUGUACAUGUUGUCUGAUUUGUCACAAGCCUCCCUCCAUUUGUGAUUGCUCUGAAGCAGGCCUUAUUUUUUGCAGUUAUGCUAACCACAAGUUAAAUUUUAUUAGUGUUCAUUAAAAUAGGUUUCUAAGAUGAGGCAAAACCUUGGGACAUAAUCUAGACUUCCCAGUCAUCUUUGGGGAAACUGAGAGUACAAUCUCAAUUGCAGGAAGGGACUCCAAGCCAGCCUUUUAUAUUGACUCUGGUCAAUUGUGGGUGUAGUGCGGAGGAAAUAGAUACAGAUCCCUCAUCUAGCAUUCUCAACAGCAGGCUGGGGCCAUUAAAUAAAUUACCUGUAGUAACAAAGAACUAUCAUGUCAUAUGUCUUUAGCACUGAAUUGGCUUUCCCAUUUGAAUGAAAAUAUUUAAAACGUAAUAAUUGUAUAUUCUAGGUGGGCUUAUGAAUGGUUUCUAAAUACCAGUGAAAUUGAAGUAAGUAGAAACAGUAAACACAUUUAUAGCAACAAUACAUUUUAGACUCAAAUUACAAACACACAGCUAAUUCUAAAAAUAAACAGCAUUAUAAACUUUUAGAAAGUAUAGUGUUUUAUAUGUCAUUGUACAUCCAUGUAUUUGAAUCUAAUAUAAUUUUGAUGUAAAAUGCUCUGAAUAAAUUGUAUACCAAAAA